UAAAGUAAGACAAAGGGAAGAGCAGAAGAACAAAAAUAGAAGAAGAAUUUUUUUUUUUUAAUUCAAAAGCUAGUAUUUGACCCCCUGGAGUACCAUGCUCACGGUAGGGGUGAGCGUAGCAGGGUACCCUGUAAAAAUAUUAGGACCCGGAACCGGAACCUGUUGCAACAGGUUCCUAAAAAUAGGAACCGGAAUCGGAACCUGUUGCAACAGGUUCCUAAGAAUUGAGAACCAGAACCAGAACUGCAGGUUCCGGUUCCUAAACAGGGUACCCUGUCUGUCAAAGUAAGUUUAAUAGUUACUUGAUAAAUUGUGACAAAUUUAUUUUUUUUAAAAUAGAUGAUCACAAUAAAAGCUUACAACUUUAGUAUAGUACUUCAAAUAUAACAAACCAACACUAAUUGUCUAGAAUUUUUAAUACCAUAUAGGUUCCGGUUUCAUGUACCCUAUAGGGAACUUGUACUAACAGGGUACCCUACAGGUUCUAGAUCCAAAAUUUUAUUACCCGGAACCGGAACCUGUUGCAACAGGUUCCUAAUUUUAUUACCCGGAACCGGAACCUGAUCAACAGGUUCCGGGUUUGGAACUUGCGGUUCCGAACAGGUUUCGGUUCAAUAUCAGGGUACCCUGAAUUUUUGUUCACCCCUAGCUCACGGUAUUCCAGGAGUAUUAUAGAAAUUGUGCUUAAACAGAUUAUUAUUGUCAAUUUUUCCUACUAAAAUAAAGGACAAAUAUUACUCCGUAAAUCAUAAAUUCACAAGUGCGAAAUUUCUGGACUUUUUUCAAAAAAAAAAAAAAAAAAGAAAAAACUGGACUGAUUUGUUCAAUAUACAGUAUAUUGUAUCAAGUCAAUCGUCAGCAAUAAUCUUUUUGUAAUCCGUCAGAUAUCUUAGUGACGAACUUUUAGCUUCGUGUGCAAAUAUCUGACCAAAGGAAUCGAAAGUAGGGGGGUUGUGUUUUAGCUUCGUGUGCAAAUAUCUGACUAAAGGAAUCGAAAGUAGGGGGGUUGUGUUUUAGCUUUGUGUGCAAAUAUUUGCUGAGUGGAAUUACAACCUUAAGGGGAAUACCAUUCUCUACAGUUGUGUGUGUGUUCGGUUGUUGAGAGAAGGGAAAUAUGAGUCGUGACCAAAAGAACACAAAAGAUGUAAAUGAUGAGGUUGAAGAAUUGCUUAGGGCUGCAGAGGAUGCAGCUUUACUAAAAAUUAACCUCAACUCACACACGAUUCAUGCCUCCCCUUCUGAUCUACACCCAGAACUAGAGCAGCGAUUCAGGGACCUUAAGACGGGCUCUAAAUCAAAGACAAAGAAAGAGAGUGUAACCAGAAAAACACCUCCAACACAGUCUGCUGACGUGAACAAUCAAGUUGAGGAAGAUGACUUAUUAGCAAGAUUUGCAGCUCUGAAGGCCUCUUUGCCUAAGCCAUCUCCCUCCGCUUCCUCUUCAUUUGUGGGUGUUGGGACAUUGGAUGCUUCUGUUGAGGAUAAGCUUGCUGGUGGCAGUUUGGACAGUAAAGCUGUCAUUGACGAUGAAGAGGAAGAUGAAGUAGAGAAGGUUAUAAGGUGGGCUAUGGAUGCGGCACGUCUUGAUCCAUCUCCAUCUUCUGAUGAUGAGGAGUUAGAAGAUGAUACACAAGGUGAUGAUUCUGAUGACAAUGAGGCGAGUGAUGAAGAUGUUGAGAGCUCUAAAAAGAAACCAAAGGGGAAACCCAAAUAGCCCAUAUCUCUCAAUGUAGCGUUCAACAGAUUUCCGAGCAUCAAGAGACAUCAAUUGGAGCACUUGACGGUGGCCCUGAGGAUAGUUGGAAUUAACUGACAACCCAAGCUUCACAUACUUGCGGACGUAGUUCUCAUAUAUGUAUGCAGCGCCAUUGAAGAUUGGCAGCACCAACCACAUGCAAAACAAGAGCUUAACAUAUGGCCAGAAAGGAAGCCUGCAACAUUUUGGGAAAUUUAUUUUAAUUGACUUGGCCUUUCUUAUUGCUAAUACAUUAUAUGAUCACCAUUUAUCGAUCCAUAAAUACAGAUACCAUUGAAGGACUCUCCAACAUGAGAGCUCAAAGAGAGUUGUCAACGAGUAAAGAACCCAGUAUGUCAGCCAUUGUUGAUCAUCCAGUGUUGAAGGGCUCUCAAUAGCUCGCAUUGAUGCAUAUCUGUUGAAUAGCUA